AUGACACAAGAACCUGAAAACGAUGAGGCCAGCCGUGCCGCAGCAGCAGAACUUGAGCGUCUAUCAAUCCAGGGCAUCGCCGCUGUCAACGAUGCGGACUGGCAGUACAACAAGACGCGCGAAGCGAAAGAGUCCCGAGAGCACAUAUCUGAAGACUUUCGACUAGUAUCGCCGGACAAUAAACUUCUCAACUGGGACCAAGCGGUCACGCAAUGGAGGGAAAAGUACGAGCGAUGGCCAGGAAUGUAUGUCGUUGUCACGCACAUCUCUUCCGAUGUGCAGUUGGGCAGGGGAAAGGCCUCGGUGCACGUUCAAAGCAAUGUUGUUGGAGCGGGAACUAGCGUCACUUUUACGUGGUUGUCCCAGAGAUUGUGGCGAAUAGAUGCGAAGAGUGGGAAGUGGAUGUGCUAUGAGAUGUCUGGUAUGCGAGGGACCCAGAGUCUUGUGGGAUUUGUGUGA